CGCGCUACUUGGCCCAGAUGUGCAGAGUUCCACAACUGCAGCGUAGUAUGGAUUCAAGAUAGCUUUCCAACGUAUAGCAUCACGCAAGGCACAAGAGACCAGAACGUACGAAGGUGAAGUAGCGUUUGCAUAAUAAGUUGCAAUUUAGCGGAACUAGUGUAUGACUAUCUAAGAUAUGCGACCUAGAACAGUUUCAGCUCACAUUAACCCUCAGUAGGCCUAGGCUACAGUUGGACGACUACCUAGGGCCUAGCCUAUGCCCCCUGAUAAUCACCGUUGACCUGCAAGAGGCAGCGACACGUGGCGGGCUUGUUUUGCUUCUUUUUUUUUUUUUUUUUUAAUAGUUCAUGUCAGUCAACGUUAAGCAUGGCAAAGAGUUGCCCUCGAACCAGCGUUAUUGUUAUCGGUUCAGGAAUUGCAGGUUUAAGUGCUGCAAGGAAAUUGACACAGUGUCUCCCUAAUUGCAAGGUUACAAUUUUAGAAGCACUGUCAAGACCAGGAGGACGAAUAAAUUCAGUUGAAAUAAAUGAGAAUGAAUUCAUGGAGGAAGGUGCCACCUGGGUUCACGGCAUUGAGGAUAAUCCAGUACACAGUUUGAUCAAACAUAAUCAAGUAUUUAAUAAAUACCACUACCUUAUCAAAUACAAAUUCUGUAAACUAAAUGGAGAUGAAGUGCCUACUGAGCAUAUUAAAAAAUAUAAAAGAAUAUAUCGUAAGAUAAAAGCUGAUGCUGAAAAUAUAUAUCAGGACGGAAGUACUCUGCAAAAUGGAGAGAAGUCAGUUGGAGAAUUUCUUCAGAAAGAGUUUCAACGUAAACUAAAAGAUUUGAAGUUGACUAGAGAAUGUGAAAAUACAGCGAGCAGUGUUUUUUAUAGCAAUUCACUAAUUGAAUGUUGCAUCUGCGGUUGCAAUAGUUUAUACGAUUUAGUUCUGAAUGAUUUUGGUGAAUAUGAAGAGCUUGGUGGCGGUGAUUUGCGAGUCCGAGGCGGCUACUCGCAGGUAAUUAAGGAGUUGCUCAAGAAACUUCCCGAGAACUGUGUAGUGUACAACUCAACUGUGACAGAGGUACACUGGAAAAAUGACCACAUACCAGAUGAAUCUUCCAAGCCUGUGAGAAUCGUAUGUGAAAAUGGCGAACAGUUUUUUGCUGAUCAUGUAAUUGCAACCCAGUCUCUCGGCCACUUAAAAGAGUAUGGAAGGGCGCUGUUUAAGCCACCUUUACCUCAAGUGAAGUUGGAUAUUAUUGAUCGCAUGGGAUACAACUAUAUAACAAAGGUUCACCUAAGGUACCAAACUCCAUUUUGGCAAGAUAAAUUUUCUAGAGUUAUUCCGUUGUGGGACAUAUCACCUAAAGAUGUGGUAACCAAGCCCUCUGAAUUCACAAAGGAAACAUGGUUCAGACAUAUAUAUGACUUCGCUGUCCAUCCUUUCUUGUCAAACACGCUAGAAGUAUGGUUAUCUGGAGAAUCAGCUUUGCAUGUAGAAAGAUUGGAAAAUGAAAUUAUAAGCGACGCUUGUACAGAUCUACUGAGAAAAUUCUUGAAAGAUCCUUCAGUUCCAAAACCUGACGAGAUCUUGAAAACCUCAUGGAAUACCAAUCCGUAUUUCUUGGGGGCGUACUCCUACGUGGCUGUCGGUAGCAGCGGUGAGGACUGCGACGGACUAGCAGAGCCGCUAUGUGUUGAGAACAGCAACAGUGUGGACGUUCCAAGGGUUUUAUUUGCGGGUGAAGCCACCCAUAGGACAUUUUACUCUACAACCCAUGGUGCGUUGCUGUCAGGAGAGCGAGAAGCUGGACGCUUGAUCAGCUUUUACCAGUGCAAAUUUAAGUAAAUUUAUCUGGUAGGCCAGGCUGAACCCCUUAUCAGGCUUUACCAAUGUAGCCGAGAUGGUUUUUGUCCUACAUUCUGAUAAGCCUGGGUAUAGGCUUGAAAGGGGACCAUUCAUAGUACAGUAAAUUUCAUAACAUAAUAAUUGAACUUUGAUAAGCAAUUGUAUAAGUAAUAAUUAUGAGUUACCAUGUGCUACCUACCUAGGUUAUCCUGGUUUUAUAUUCACUGGUUUGCUGUAUUUUAAGUUUUAAUACUGUUUUUUUUUUUUUUUAUUGGUAAUUCUUUAACUUUGUGCAAUCAUUUUCAGUAUUGUUGUUCUGAAGCACCAAAUAUAUUUCCAUUUGACAAUAUAUAAUAAACCACAUUUAUUUUUAUUUAGAAUAUAAUGAUUAAGGAUAGGCCUACAAAAACAAGCGAGAGAAUAUAUUAUUUAUACCUGUAGGCAGGGCUGGAAAAAGUGCGCGAACGGCGGUCGGAGACAUUGACCAUUAACCCGGAGGCAUUUUAGAAAAAAACUAAUUUGUUGUUGUUGUUACACAUUGCAAUUUAAUGCAUACCGAUAAUUAAAUUGGAUAUUUAUGCUUGCUCCAAACCACUAAAUGUACUACUGUUUAGCUAUAAUAGUGUAAAGAUAACAUUUAGCGCUGGUGGCAUUUGAUCAAGAUAAUUUUCAUGGUCGGAUGCUCAAAAAUAUUUUUUCCAGCCUGACCUAUAGAACCUAAAUUGGCAGAAAACAUUCUUAAAGGUUUUAUUCUUAUUGGUAAUUCUUCACUUAAUGACUUUGUGCAAUCGUUUUCAAUAUUGUUGUUCUGGAGCAUCAAAUAUAUUUCAUUUCAUUGGACAAUAUAUAAUAAACCACAUUUGUGAGGUCUCACCACGAAAUGAG